GCCUCUACCGCCUCUACGUGCGCUGCCGGGCGGCGCGCGCCGGCCACGGAUGGCAGACUUCAGUGAAAAGUGGGAGUCUUUCUUACSUUCUUCCUUGCAAUCGUCUGCCUGUGCAGCUCAUGAGCCAAGUGAGAGUUUACACCUCUAACGGUCAGAAAAAAGAUCUCGGAUCAGAGGAUACAAAUGUGUCAAGCGCUCAAGACACUGUGCCCAAAGGUGCAACAGGACAAGAUGCCGUCAGUGCAGGUCAAAAGCAAUCUUUUCUGAAAGAGCCAAUUCAAGUGAAAGUGAAAGCAGUCCUUAAAAAGAGAGAAUAUGGACCAAAAUAUACACAGAAUAACUUCAUCACUGGAGUCAGAGCAAUAAAUGAGUUCUGUCUUAAAUCCAGUGAUUUAGACCAGCUGAGGAAAAUUAAACGACGAAGUCCCCAUGAUGACACCGAGACUUUCACUGUGUACCUGAGAUCGGAUGUAGAGGCAAAGUCUCUUGAAGUUUGGGGUAGUCAUGAGGCUCUUGCUAGAGAAAGAAAACGUCGUAAAGAGGCAGAGAUCGAGUACAGAGAAAAUCUGUUUAGAAACCAAAGGCUGUUGAAGGAGUACAAGGAGUUUUUUGGAAAUACUAAGCCACGCUCCAGUACAGCAGCUAUGUUUCUCAAGGGACCAGGAAAGGUGGUAAUGGUAGCUAUUUGCAUAAAUGGAUUGAAUUUUUUCUUCAAACUACUUGCUUGGGUUUACACAGGUUCUGCAAGUAUGUUUUCAGAAGCUAUACAUUCUUUAGCAGACACUUGCAACCAGGCGUUACUAGCUUUGGGCAUCAGUCAGUCUGCAAGGACACCUGACCCUAGUCAUCCGUAUGGUUUCACAAAUAUGCGCUAUAUUGCCUCUCUGAUUAGCGGGGUAGGAAUUUUCAUGAUGGGUGCAGGACUUUCUUGGUAUCAUGGGAUCAUGGGUUUACUCCAUCCUCAUCCUAUCGAAUCUCUUCUCUGGGCGUACUGCAUCUUAGCAGGAUCAUUGGUGUCUGAAGGAGCUACCCUUCUUGUUGCCAUAAAYGAAAUUCGGAGGAGUGCUCGAGCCAAGGGUCUCUCAUUUUAUCAAUAUGUUGUGCAGAGCCGUGAUCCUAGUACAAACGUGGUGCUGCUGGAAGAUGCUGCUGCAGUUCUGAGCGUGGCCGUGGCUGCUACCUGUAUGGGUCUGACUUCUUUGACAGGAAACACUUAUUAUGACAGCUUGGGGUCUCUAGGUGUUGGAACUUUGUUAGGAACUGUGUCAGCCUUUCUCAUCUACACUAAUACAGAAGCCCUGCUGGGAAAAUCCAUUCAGCCUGAACAACUGCAGCGACUUACUGAGUUACUGGAGAGUGAUCCUGUCGUAAGAGCAAUUCAUGACGUUAAAGCCACAGACAUGGGAAUGAGCAAAGUGAGAUUCAAGGCAGAAGUAGAUUUUGAUGGACGGGUUGUUACUCGUUCCUACCUGGAAAAACAAGACAUUGAACAGYUGCUACAAGAAAUUCAACAAGUGAAGACUCUUGAAGAGCUGGAAGCCUUCAUGCUAAAGCAUGGUGAGAAUAUCAUCGAUACAUUGGGAGCUGAGGUAGACAGACUUGAGAAAGACCUAAAGCAACGAAAUCCUGAUGUUCGUCAUGUGGAUUUGGAAAUACUAUAGACCUGAUGGAAGAAGCCUUUAGGUUGCCACCAUUUGGGAAAGAAGUUGUGAGAAGGGACGAAGAGCUUCCAAGACUGGAGUGAGCGCAGCACAUACCUCGCUUACCCUGCCUGUGGGCUGCCCGCUCCCUUAGCGCUCUGUCCGGGAGAACAUGAGGCUCGCAGGCAAAUAUUUCUAUGGCAAAAUCAAUUUCAAAAAGCUACUUUAUUUAAUUUCCACAAGAGAAUCUGUCUGCGUGAAUUUACUGCAAUGCAGAACUUGAGACUUGAGGUUCAGUUAGGCAAAUGUUACUGCCUGAAGAUAGAGAACACGCUUAGUUUUCCCUUGUGUCCCUCUGCAAUCAGUUUGCACUUCGUUAGCUUCUUUCAAGAUAUCAUUAAAGGUUCUUGGGAGAUAUUAAGAUUAGUUAGGAAGACUUUGUUCCAGUGGAACCUGCCAACUUUAAAUUAGUUGUUAUUUUCCAACUAUGUAGUUGUUUCACAGUUUUUCUUUUCUCUUAGAUAAGUUCCUUCUAGUGGGCACUGGCCUUUUCUCAAGUACCAUGACCUGGAAAUCUGCUUUUUUGUCCCUGUGGCAGUUCACAACAGCACUUCAAAAGAAUUUUUUUGCUUUUUUCUUCCUUAAUGGAUCCAACUCUGUGUGACUAGCCAGAAUAUGAUGAGUUACUGUGAAGAAAUUAUUGCAUAGAAAUUUCAGUGAACUUCCUCUGUUAAUUUUUUCCUUUUUUUUCCCCUAAGAGCAUAUUUUUGUUUCUUAUUUGUAAAUAUCUUCAGAUGUAAUCUGGGAGAUAUUUAUGACAGGACUUUACCUGGCAUUUUGGCUUUUUAUACUUUUAAUAGGCUGUAUUGCCAGAAAUGGUCUUUGCUAGAGACAUAUUUGGAAGUUACAAUAGUAAAAAAAAUGUAUUAGAAAUAUUUAUAAUUAAACAGAAUUGAAUACAUUGUAUUUUUAAUUUAUUUGCCUGUAUACAUUACCUGUAGUCUGAGUUCUCAACUGCUUGCUUUGCGUGUGUUGUGUUUUGUUUUGUUUUUCUAAGAAUCAGUGUUGCUUAUCURGGAGAGUAAAACCAGUUACCCUCAGCAAUCCGAAGAUGAAGUGCCUAGAGUUUGUAAGUUUGAAAGCACUAUAUAAACCAGGUUUCUAGGAUAAGACUUUCUGCAUUAGGCACUCAAAUUAUAGCAGGUUAUUUGAAAACGAGCAUUUUAACAAUGAUCUGUAUUUACAGACUUUAUUCAAUGGAAAAUUGUUAAUUGGAAUAUAAAUGAAAUAACAGGCAACUAUGAGGAAAAUUCCUUAUGCACUUUAAAAUACUUCAGUAAAAUGGAAGUUGCUCGUGGGUGAGAGGUCACAAUAAGAGCCUCCUAGUGACUCAGUUGCUGUGUAAUGUAAUGAGUGACUUGCUGAGAGAAGUGCUGAUAUGAAACAAGUAUUGAAAAAAUAAUUUGUUAAUCUUAAGUUACAAGCAUUGCAGCAAGUAGUAUUUGUGGAGACCAUUAUGUGAGGAUUUGAUUAAAUGCUUUGCAAUAUUUUUUAUAUAAAAUGCCACCAGUGAACUGUAAGAAUUUAGGAAUUUAGAAUGGCACACCUAGCCUAGCACGCCUUAUGCAAAUUGCAGAGCACUUUGCAUGCAAGUAGAAUAACAUUCCUUAAUUUAUUUGUUUGAGACUUCACACCCUGGAAUUGUGGAUGAGGGGGCUUUUCAGUCCCCUUGUCCGUAAUUCCUUUUCGAUAGUGACUUCUUUGUAGCGUCUUAGCUGCUCAUGGCUAAUCCAAAAGAAAGCUGCAUUUAUCUGGUUUUCUCCUGUUGUAGAACUAGUUAGCAUACAUAAGCCUGAUGAAGAUCCGGAAUGCGAUUAGUGAAAGAGUUUAAAGGUGAAUUGCAAAUGUAUUGUCUCAAAUAAAUAAGAGAUAUUUUAGCACAUUAUAAAUGAUGUAUGUGCUCUCCACCCUCCGGCCUGUGGGAGCUUCAUCUCAUCUUGCCGUGCACUCUGCUGCUCUUAGUCUCGUUCAUGGAAAGCACUGGAGUCUGGUAAUGCAUCUCCUUAUACCUUCUUCCUUGAAUAUUUAAACAGAUUUCUGAAUUUGAAUAGUCACUUUUAACAUUUCUGGAAUGACAAUUUUAGARGUAUGAAUAAGAGGGAUGAAAAUGGGCAAGUGUUCUUGCUGUAGGGGUUAGUGGAGAGGGGAAAUGUGGUGUAGAUGGUUGGUAUGCUGGAGUUAGUGAUGAAUGAGUGAAGUUAGUCUGCACUUUGCAGAGCAGAAGCAUCACUCCAAAUACYGAAAUGUUCCCAUACUUUGUUUAAGAGAAGGCAUGAGUGUAGGUUCUUGCACGAUGUCUGCUACAAAAACCCUAAAAAUGGUAUUUUUUUAUUCAUCAGGGAUGUAAUUUGUAUUAAUUCUGAUCUUAAUUUCCUCAUCUGAGUCAGAAACAUACCCGUACACACACUUUUUGUUAGUGUGCUGAGAUAAAGUUCAGUUCCUUCUCUCCCAAAUUCAUUAUUGAUUAUGUCACCUCAAGAACCAAGAGCUUGAAUGUUUUGGGUAAUAUUGCAAUAGUUUCAGAACCUUUCAUGUUUAAAACUGAUCUGGAUGGUGGUGCAUUAGAAAGAGA